AAAGAAAAACCGAAUUUAGAGUCUGUAUUGGUAGCCCUGAUAGAGUUUUCAAUGUUAAUAUGAAUCUAGACCCUCUCAUUCUUGGACAAAACAUAACUUUUGAUAUUAUUAAUGUGACUAUAACUAGUGAU